CGCAGGAAGAACAUUCGAGUUAUUUUGAAAUCCAGGACUUCUAAAUAAGGUAACAUUGUCCCGGAUGGUAGCGGGAGAUACUGUAGUAACUGAGGUAGUCAUUAGGGAAUCAAGAAGAGAUAAUCAAGACUUUAAAAGACUGAGCAGCAACAAUGGGUAACUUCACAAGCAAGCAUCUAGAAGAGGUUCUGAAGCCAACAAAAUCACAGGAAACACCCAAGUCGCAAGUUUUGCCCUUUGACCCUCGCUCACCAUCAGAUGACAUCACAAGGACACCGAUAGCUGUCUCAAACACCCCUGACAGCAGUAGUUCAGAGUCAACACCCAGAGAUGGAAAGGUCGUCAGGGUUUUGAAGCUUGAUCCUCGAUCUCCAAAUGUUGAGGUCAGUCGCACACCUAUUGUUAUUGAAACCAAUGAAACUCGGCGACGAAACUAUGCCCUAAAACCAUCCAAGCUUGCACAACUUGAUACUGAAAAUAAACUUGACAACAUGGAAGAUGAUGAAGAUCAGGAUCCAAGAUCACCUACCACCAAAGUGCCAAGAACACCCCUGGAAGAUAAAGUUCAUGUUUUUGAAGACUCACAGCCUGUGAAAGAAAACAAGGAAGAUAAUAGCAAAGAGGAAGAGGUAAAAGAUGAAAACCACAAAACAGAUCAAGAAAAUACACUUGUUAAAAAGCUCUUCAUUGAUGAGGGAUCUUCAGAAAAGCCAAGGCGGCCACUUGCCUCUGUCCAGAACACCACUGCUGGCAAGACCCCUCGUGGACUCAUCCAAGCCAAGCAGUGCAGGAAUGUUGAGGAGGAGUACAACAAGAACCACCAGCUCAUCCUCACACAGCUGACAGAUCAAGAGAAUACUGUGACAUCAAGCACACAGUUUGUAGAGAGUAUCUAGAGGCUGCUUCUUAUUAAGCUUUUCUUUUUCUCUUGUAUCUCCUCUGACUUGUUAUUAUUGGUAUUAUUUUAUUUGUAUUAUUAUUUAUUUCUCUUCCUGAGCUCUAAUGUAAUGAUGCACCAUUUUGUGCCUUCCUUUUUCUGUCACCUUGUGUUGUAAUGAUGGUUAAACAUGCAUAAGAAAUUAAUACAAUAACUAUGGUAAUAAUGUGUCAACUCAUCUGGUAAUGAGGCAGCAUGUAAAAGGCAGUAGAUUAGAUAUGAAGGCUUUAUAUUUUUUGUUACAUUAUUUCAUUCACAAAUUUGUAUUUCUGUUAUUAAAAAGGAGAAAUGUACUUACAUAUUUUCUUUUAAUGGGCAAUUCAAACUGGGAGAGACUUGUUAUUCUUUAUCAGAUUAACGUGAACUUUUGAAAAGUAUAUAUCAAUGUAUACAAAAUUGGAAGAUUUCAUGUAUAAAAGAAUUAAUUACUUUUUAUUUGGCAAUUAUGUAAAAAAAAAAAAAAAAAAAAAAAAAAAUUGGUUCUUCUUAUGUAUUUUUUUUUUUUCUUGGUUGUUGCUAUAUAAUGUGCCCUUUUUUUUUUAGUUGGUGCUUGGGUUUGUUUUCAUUUAUGCUUUUUAAUUUUAUCAUGCUGUUUGUAUAUGGAUUUAUUAUUAUUUUUUUUUUUCUUCCUUUUUUAGUUGCAAAUUUCCUUUCUUAACUAGUAGGCCUAUGUAUGGUUGUGCCAAGGAAAGAAACUAGUCCUCAACUAAUAUAACUUCUUUAGUCUAUCACCUGGAUCCUAAUAGUUCAUGUAUUGUAGGCUGUUUCUCUUUUAAUACUCAUGCUGUGGUAAGUGAAAUGUAAAUAUUUGGAAAUGUGAAUAAACUUUUCUUUGUUUAAAAA